AUGUGCAUAUUCACGUAUACGCAUCUUGAAUGCGGCCAUAGGAAGCGCGACCACAUCGACACAAGCGAGUGCGAAUACUUCGAGGCGAGUGGUGUGCAUUGCCAGCCCGACAGCCGGCAGCACAAGGAGCGCGGGACGCAAGUCCAUACGCGGAGGAAGUCUGGGAAGUGCUCCGACUGCCGCCAGCGAGACAGCGCGAAAGAGAAAGAGGACCGCGAUGAGCAGGAGCUCGCCGACGCGCUGGCCGAGUCGCUGAGGACCGCGGAGAAAGACAAGCGGGACCGUGAGGCGCGUAAAGAGCAGAAGCGGCGGGAGGAGGCCGAGGCGGAGAGGCGCAGAGAGAAGAAGCGCAGAGAGGACAUGCAGCGGGCCGACGAGGCAGAGAAAGCCCGGCUCGAGAAAGACCGCGCGCUGCUCGCCAAAGAGGAAGAGGACCGCGCCGCCCGCCAGAAGAAGGCCGACGCCAAACGCCGCGCGGCCGCCAUGGAGAGGCGGAGAGUUGCGGAGAAGAAAGAGCAGGAAGAAGCGCUGCAGGCGGUGAGCGACGCGGCCCGCCGCCAGCGCGAAGCCGACGCCCAGCGCCGUGAGCAGGAGGCCGCCGACCUCCAGGCCCAGCAGGACGCGCUGGACAAGCAGGAGCACGAGCGCAAGCUGCAGCGCCAGCGCGACAAAGACGCCCGCCAGCGCGAGCGCGACGAGGCCGAGCACCAGCGCAGCCUCAACGCCCAGCGCGACGCCCUCGCCCGCCGGGCCCGCGAGCUGGAGGAGGAGGACGAGGCCGAGCGCGCCGCCGCCCUGAAGCAACAACUCCAAGCGCUCAACGACGAGGAAGCCGCCCGCCGCGCAGAUGCUGCCGCCGCUGCACGCCAGCGCGCCGCCGCCGACCUCGCCGCCCAGAAGCAGCAGAACGACGAAAUGGAGCGCGCCCUCGCCCGCGCCCGCGACCGCGCUUCCGCCCCUCAAACACCCUCAUCACCUGAACGCUCCGUGCCGUCGCCCCCUCCCAAGCCCGCCCCGCGCCCCGCCGUCCUCGACCCAGCCCAGCUCACCGGCCACCACGGCGUCCAGGAGUACGGCCACCUGCGCAUCGGCAACCGCCCCGCGCCACUCCACGCCUCGCAGCGCCCGGCGCCCGUCCGCCCGCCCGUCGCCGCGCCCCUCAGAACCCCGCUCACCCCCAUGGGCCGCCUCGCCGGCACCAUCGCCGCCAGCCCGCACGACUACCGCGUCGCGCAGCCGGCGGUCGCGGGCUCGCCCGGCGCAGAGCCGCAGUGGCGCCGCGACCUGGCCAUGCGCACGUCGCGGGGUGCAGGCACGCCCGUCCCCGACGAGGCGACCGCGGAGGCAGAGCUGCAGGCCCGGCUUGCACGGCGGCGCGCGUGGGAAGCGGAUGACGGCUCGGUCGCGGGGACGGAUUUCUCAACCGCGACGGAUGGCGCGGGCGACGAGCCUGAGUGGGAGAUGCUCGAGCCGGUGGGGAGGGGUGCGGCGCAGACACAUACCACGCAUGCCACGCAUUCACCACUCACAUCGCAUAACCCGCUUACAUCGCAUCCGUCGCACUCCCCGCAGACGUCGCACACCCCGCUCACCCCCUACUCCCCCCACACGCCCGCCUCCCCCCCGCCGCCCACCCCGCUGCCAACAUACCCCCCCGUGCCGCCGCUCGCACACCCCGAUCUCUCCGUGAGCGUCCCUGCGUCCGCCGAGUCACCGGGCUGCGCAUCCGACUUCUCCUUCUCGAGCGACUUCCCGUCGCCGGUGCCGGCGUCAAAUCACCCCGGGUCAGCGUCAGCGUCAGCGUCAGUGUCGGCGUCGGCGUCUGCAUCCACGACGCCAGUCGCGGCCUCUGCGUUUGCGCCUCCUCCUCCUGUGUCUGUGUCUGUGCCUGUGCCUGCUGCAGCAUCAACAUCAGCAUCCGCACCACCACCACCGCCACCACCAGCGCCAGCGCCAGCGCCAGCACUCCCCUCCUCCGCCGCAGCCCUCGCAGCACUCCUCUCCGCCUCCACAGCGGCGAAAUCAAAACCCAAGCCCCCCGUGCCGCCGAAACGGACGCACAGCACGCCUGCGACCAUGACUGCGCCUGCGAAUCCGUCUGCGGUCCCCGCGCCGCCGCCCAUGCCGCCGAAAAUGAGGAGUCAGUCGUAUAUGCACGCGCGCGUGGACUCUGUGGCGGGGAGUCCGGCGACGGCGGGGAGUCCGGCGGUGGGGGAGGGGGGGGAUGUUUUUGGUGAGCAGAGAAGGCGGGGGUGGGGUGUUAGUGGGAGCGGGGGUAGUUGGGAGUGA